AUGGAUUCGUCUUCUCUUGCAGCUGAUUUUCCUCCACUCUCCUCUUCUGCUGCUGUGGCCCCUGCAUCGAUGAGGAACUGGAGCCAGAUUUUCGCUCCUGACUCUUCCUCUCCAUCUCCUAAGGUUUUCAACUUUUCUCAUCAUCCAUCUGAGCCAGAAAUUAUUCCGUUUUCACAUGACAAGCUUGAGCAAGGAAGCGGAGACUGGAACCUAUGUCUUGUUGGAUAUUCCAUAGGGCGUCGACCUUUCUAUGAAGCGCUGUUAGGAGCGUUAAACAAAACUUGGUCUUUGAAAGGUUCUCUCAAACUUCUUUCACUUAGUGAGGGGUUUUUCCUCUUGCGUUUUUCCUGUGCUGAAGACUAUGAUAUGGCUUGGUCUAAAGGUGUCUGGUUUCUUCUUGGGAAACCCUUUGUUCUUCAAAAAUGGCACCCAAAAUUCAAACCCAAGAGGGAAAAUUUCUCUACAGUUCCAAUUUGGGUUAAGAUUCACGAUCUCCCCCUUGCAUGCUGGAAUUCAGAGGGCAUCUCGAGGAUUGCGAGUAAAAUAGGGGUGCCGCUAGCUGCUGAUCACCUCACAGAGCAAAAAACGCGCCUAACGUAUGCACGUAUCUGCGUCCUUGUUGACUGCAAUGCUGCUUACCCGGAUGAAAUCAAAGUCUCUUUAGAUGGAGAUGUAGUUGGGUUGAAGAUGCAAUAUGAGUGGUGA